GCAGUCCGAUAUAAAUACCGACUCCCCCAACCUCCAAUACCAUCCCACCCGUCUCGCUUUCCUCUUCCACUACCUCCAGUCACUUGUUUCUCCGGCUUCAUCAAGCCUCUGUGUUGUUGAGCUUCUCAUCACCAACUUCCUCCUCUUGUCUCCAUUUUCUCUAGACUUUAGCCUCCCAUGUCUACUGUCGAGGUGGAAUCAACUCCGGUUAUUGAGGCCCCGGCAGAAGCGCCGGCCGCCCCGGUAGAAGCCAAAUCUGCUCCCGCACCGCCCGCUGAACCAGUAGCCGAGGCCGAGCCCGCCGCCCCGGCCGUCGAAGAGUCCAAGGAAGAAGCCCCAGCCGUAGCACCAGAGGAGGCCGCCCCAGAAGCACCACCAGUAGAGCCCGAGGAGAAGAAGCCUGUCGAAGAGCCUGCGGUCGAGGCACCAGCCGAGACUGAACCAGUGGCUACGGAGCCGAAAGAAGAACCCAAGCCAAAGGCAGAACCGGAGGCCCCAGCUCCCGAGCCCGAGAAGCCUGCCGAACCGGUCGUCGAAGAGCCGACCAUGGAGGAGCCCAAGGCUGUCGAAGAGGCAGCACCGCCAGCGGUGGAGGAGGUGAAGGCUGAGGAGACGGAGGAGAAGACCGCGGUCUCGGAGUAAAUAAGAGUAGUGCUUUGGGUCUAUGGCUUCCAUGUUCUGUUUGAUGAGAUGGAGUUUUAGUUUUAAGGUUUUAGAUAUUAUUAAGUUCUAAUAAUAAAGAUUAAUAUAUAUGAAAUAAUCUAGUAUGUGUUUUUAGAGCACGGAGUGGAAGUUAUAAUCCUGUUUAGGUGUGCAUUUUACCCAGUGGACUUGAACCGGUAAUGUGCUUUGAGUGUGAUUUAAUCUGCUGGUCUAUUACUCUAUUUUGCAGUACUUUGUUAAUCUUCUGCGGUUUUUGGGAUGAGUGCCCUGUUUAGAUUGUGGGCUUUCUAUUGUGUAAUAAUCAAGAUUGUUUUAAGAUUUCUUGAUUUAUAUUGGUAAUAUAUGUAUGAGUUUUCAGUGCUCAUAUUGUA